ACCGUCAUACGAUGGAGAGGAAUUGUGUAUUUACUAACCUGUCUGUUGAUUUUUCUCUAUUUUCUUUUAUGAGAGGGUAAUUGUCUUGAAAAUAGUGAUUACACUGAGAGAUAAAUUAAUUAUCUUUUGUUUCCAUAACAGAAUGUGUACAUUAUUAUUGUAGAUAGAUUUUUUAGAUCGAUCCAAAAUAAUCCUUCUAAUAUAUAUCUCAGCCAGGGAUUGAUAUUGUUUACAGAAAAAAAAUAUCUUGUGAAAGGCAUUUCAAGUCAUGAGUAUCUUCAGCAUUAGUGAUUUUAAUAGGUAGAAAUUUUUUUUUCUCAGCGCAUGAGGUAAUUUAUUAAAUCAAAAACCAUGAGUUCACCUACGUUGAAUGAUUAUACGAUUCUCGAGAAAAUCGGCACUGGAAGUUAUGCCACUGUUCAUAGGGCUGUGAAAAAGGGCGGCAAUCGGGAGAUUGUUGCAAUCAAAUGUGUAGACAGUACGAGCCUCUCGAAAUCAGCGAUUGAGAAUCUUCUGUGUGAAAUAAACUUGUUGAAAAUUCUGAAACACGAGAAUAUCGUCAGAAUGGAAGAUUUUUUCUAUCACGAAGGUCGGAUUUAUAUUGUAAUGGAGUACUGCAACGCAGGGGAUUUAUCCAGCUUUAUAAAAAGGAAAAGUCAAUUACCGGAAACAGUCUGCCGCAAAUUUCUUCAGCAACUAGCCCUUGCACUGAGGUACAUGCGUUCUCAUAACGUGUGUCACAUGGACUUGAAACCGCAGAAUUUACUGUUGACCACGAAACCUGUCUUGACACUCAAAGUCGGAGAUUUCGGUUUCGCCCAGUAUCUGUCGACCUCGGAGUCCAAAUUUUCGAUACGUGGAUCUCCUCUGUACAUGGCUCCAGAGAUACUUCUGCGUCAUGAAUAUGAUGCACGUGUUGAUCUCUGGAGUGUUGGGGUGAUAAUGUACGAAUGUCUCUUCGGGAAGGCUCCAUAUUCCAGCAGUAGUUUCGAGGAGUUAGGCGAGAAAAUAAAGACCUGUAAACCAAUUGAGAUCCCUAAAGGUUGCUAUAUAUCUCCUGAAUGUAAAAACUUGCUCACAUCUCUCUUGAAACACGAUCCAAACGAAAGACUGAGUUUCGCCGACUUCUUCGGCCACGAAUUCCUGGAUCUUGCCCACGCACCCACCGAGGAAAACCACGAAAAAGCUAUAACUCUCAUCCAAAGUGCUGUCAAGGCUGAUUCUGAAGGGAACAAGCAGGAAGCCUCCCACCUCUACUGCGAAGCCCUGAGAUACCUCAUCCCACAAUUAACAAAUGAAGCGGAUCCCAAUAAGAAAAAACACCUGAGGAUGCGCGUUAAUGAGUACAUUAACAGGGCAGAGAAGUUAAAAUUCAUGUGCAUGAGGAGUUCUAGCACUGAAGAAUCGAAUUCUCAGAGCAAUGAUGCCGAAAGGGUCCACAGCCUCCCGAGGAGAACCCUUAGAACCACCUCAGUGCCUUAUCGAGAAUUACGAAUUUUGAGUAAAAGUACGACAGACAUGGCUUCAGCUUUAGAAAUGGGGGAAACAGGGGAACAAUAUCUCGCAGAGGGGAGUUAUGACUUAGCGCUGGAAAGACUCAAGUCAUGCCUAGGAAUUCUAGUCCCUCUCAUCAACAAGGAGCCUCCUGGAAGGAGAAGAGAACUUCUCAAUCAUCAGAUACAAAUUUGGAUGAAGCAAGCGGAAUGUACAAAAGGCCUUUUGGCGACUCAGGUCGUGGAUGAUUAUCCAAAAGAGGUGAAACACCUGCACGAUCAAUGCUCACUACAAUAAAUUUUCAUUAUACACGUAAAAAAUAAAAGACUAAAAACAAACUCUUGAAUUAGUCCUAUUUCUAUAAGAUAAAUAUACAAAAUAUAUA